GCCGCGUUCAGGACCCAGUGCCUGGAGAGGUACAGGACUGGGUGGCCGAGCACCAAGCCAGGUUAAUGGUGGCUUUUGAGGGAGCUCGGGCACGGUUGUCGCUGGCCGCUGACCGUCGUAAGGAGCGGCAUGACCAGAGAGUCCACCCUGUCCCUUUAAAGGUCGGUCAGCUGGUGUAUCUUCGAGAUCACAGCGCCCGGGGCCGGCACAAGAUCCAGGACCUUUGGAGCUCUGUGGUCUAUCAGGUGUUGAGGGCACCCCAAGAGAACGGGGCUGUUUAUACCAUUGCCCCCGUGGGAGACUUGGAGAAGGUUCGACAUGUCCAUCGUGACAUGUUAAAGGCACAGGUCAGCCUAGGGCCGCCUACACCUGGUCCACCGGUUCCACCCCCACCUGUACCCGCUGACUCAGAGCAGACCUCUCUGAGUGACGACGAGUUGUGGCUCCUUGUCCCUGAGGUACCCUCACACCCUGUCGCACCUGUGGUGUCACUUCCCGAUGCCUCUAGAGUUCCAUCGGUGGAGCUCAGGUCUACUCCCAGUGUGAUUGUAGCACCCUCGACCUCUGCUCCCCCAGGUUCUUCCUCAGGCUCUGUUGAACAGUCUGAGGUGAGUGGGCCACAUUUACGGAGAACAGCACGUUCAACAGCUGGUCAUCACUCAAAUGUUUAUCACUUGCCACGUCCUGUUGAAUCUGCGUCAGUUGCUAAUGCUCAGCUUGCCAUAUUCAGGCCAUGGUGUUAGGUUCCUUGAGUUAUUGUCGGGGCGCCAAUACAAAAAGGGGGGUAGAUGUAGCCAGAUGGGCUACUCGCCUUCCGUUUUGUUUGUUCUCUCAUUCUCUCUCUCUCUCUCGCUCGCUCUACCACCCUCGCUCUCUUUCCACUGCACUCGCUCCUUGUAUCAGGUGAUCGGGUUAAUUGGGAACCCACCUGCACAUUGAUUGCAGGGUGGCGCUAGCCUGUAUAAAGCUAAGCCGAUGUCUUGUUGAAUUAAUUCCUCCCGAGCUUCUGGUACGAUACAGCAGUAAAUGCUGGCGUACUGCGACGGACUGAUCAGCAAGAGCCGAUUAUAUGACAGCUACAGCAGUCUGUUUAAUUCUGCCAUUGCGGAGAGAGGUGUUCGUGGUAUCUCCACCAAUGAGAGUAUAGUGCCUCCGGUCCUGGGGUAAGCCGUUAGAACUACUUUUAUUAGCAUUCAUAGCUAUAAGAGUUUAAGGUUACAUUUAUCUGUUUCAGGGUU